AUAUAUAAAAAUACAUAUAAUAUAGAAAAUAUAAAAGAAGAGUCUUCUGCAGUCCGUCCACGGACUGUAGAAGACCUGUGGAACCAGGGACUGGCCCCACUGAUCAAGGGGUUGUGGUGUUUGCAGUCCAUGCAGGAUGGACUGCAAAACACCAUUCUUAAAAUAUAAAAAGUAUGUAAAAGAAGAUGUAAUAUAUAAUAGUUCUAAAAAGAUGACUGCAUUUUGUGCAAACUUCUUGACAGAAAACAUCUUUUUAGUCUCUAAUGAUUGUGAAAACAAGUCAAUUGCUAAAUUUAUUGAAAAACCAAAGCAAAAAUGAAUUUCCAUUCGUUUUAUUUUCUGAAGUAGAAACAGAAGAAACGAACUGUUUGAAAUAUAAUAUGCAGGAAAACCCUCAAAACAACUGUUUGAAAUGAAAAACAAAAUGAAAGGCAGAAAAACUCAAAAACCAAGGUGAUACCAAAUAAAUAUUAAGUUUCAAAUGAGAUUUGAAAAAUAUACCUGUUAUGUAGUUAAAGGUAGACUUGCCAAGGAAAAUACUGCAAUCCCCGCCAUUGUCAACAACCAAAACCUCAACAUUGUGGCUACAUGAGAAGUAGAUAUCCCAAGAUAACUAGCAAGGAAAUGACCUCUUUAACUGAGACUACAUGUUGCUAAAUCUGUAGAUUGGUCCAUUGCAUUUCAGCAACCAAAUCUCAUAAAGUCUCCUCUUCCUAAAUAUGUGAUAGCAUAGAAUACCAUGUACCCUUCCACUAUCUACAAACAUCUUUCCCACGGCAAAGUUCUCAAUCUACAACGUAGAGACCAGUAGAUUAUUCUACAAACUUGCCAUCCCUUGAGUGGUUAUAUCAUCUCUUAAACUUAGAUUAUUCAAUGUUACUUACGCCAUGUAGUGACAUUACUCAAUAUAUCAUAUGAGUGUAAGAAUGUCACCCCUUGAGUAAUUAUAUCAUUUCUCAAACUUAAAAUUGGUUAUACCAUGUAGUGACAUUACUUAUAAUGCAUGUUAUGUGUUGUGUGUGUGUUGUGAGUUGUGAAGUGAUGAGGGUAUAAAAUUAACUAAAAACAAAAUUCCAAUCCACAGAUUAAAUUAUACAAUUCAUGAUAAAAAAAUAUAAAAGAACAAAAUAAUUGGCGUGGGGGAAGCAGAAGAAAUCUUGAUGCUUUGGAUCAAAAGACUCAUUUUCCUCCAUAUACUUCAUCUCUCCAUCAGCAAGGUGAAACACAUGAAUAAACCAAAUCAAUGAAACUUGUUAGUAAUUAAUCAAAUUAAAGGCAACAGAUUGACUAAUAUAUAAUCCAUAAAUGAAAUAAUUAAUUAACACUAAGAAAACAG